GCAAAAGUUCCGUAUCCUGCGCAAACAGCGUAUUCAGCGGAAGGUCGUUUGUUUUCGUCAAUGUGGUUGAUCACAGCGUCGCUGAAAGUGUUACAAACUGUUAUAAACUGUUAUUAUCGAAGUCCAAACACUACAUUAUACUGUAACUAAGGAUCUAAGUGCUGUUUCUGGGACAACAAAACAGCUUGUCCGGUGUUACUGUGUCUUUUUUGGGGGGCAGCUUACUGUGUCUUGACGGAUUUGGAGAGGAAACUGGAAGCUCGGGAUAUUUGAAGUUGCAUGUUAGUGAAAAUGUCGUCUAAGUCGAGCUCGAACAGCAUGGCCCUGGCGAGGAGGACGGUACAGCAGCUCCGGCUGGAGGCCAGUAUAGAGAGGAUAAAGGUGUCCAAAGCUUCAGCUGAUCUCAUGCGCUACUGCAGUGAACACGCCAAGUACGACCCCCUGCUGAUGGGCAUCCCGGCUUCAGAAAAUCCCUUCAAGGACAAAAAAGCCUGCACUUUAUUGUAGUCACCGUCCAGCACCUUCUCUCUUAUUUAAUUAACACUGCCACUCGACACCACCUUAACCCACACCGUGUUCUCGUCAGUCAGCUCUAAUCCCAGACCAACACAAGCAUCUGUCUGUGUGUGUUAGGAAUAGUGUAUUGUGUGUGUAUUUGUUUGUUUAAUGCUGAACUUAAUGCAUUCCAAGGAAAUUUGAGUAAAACUGUGCCAUGAAAUGAA